GUCUAGCCGUAAAAAAUAGAAACUUCCAAGAUGGCCGAGUCCGUGGACUCCAUGCAUUUCGCAGCGAACAGCCAAACAAAUUCCCCCCAAGCGCUGUUAGCUAAACGGCCGCCGGAGAGCCGACCGCAGUCUUCCAGCGACAUUCACCCACCACCCACAAAGAAGAUCCGCGUGGACGAGAAGCGGCCCAAGAACCGGAAAGUCAACGGAGAGGUGUGCACUGUGGAAAAACACAACGGGAAACCGAGUUGUGGGAGCCCAGCGAAAUGGAGUUUCGGCCCGGCCAAGGCGAGCCACUCCGUCGCCCCCACCGCUACCGCGGUGGUGGUGCCCGGAGCAGCAGCAGCUCCCGCACGGAAAAUUUUCAAAAUAAGCAACUUCCUCGCUUCGCCGUCCAAAGAGAAACGGGCGAAGGAGAAACGGCAUCGGGAGAAAAGCGGCGAAGCGCAGCGCAUUUCGACCGCGGCAGUGGAGAAAGUCAACCCCGCUAGCUGCCAUACAAAGACCGAGAACGGCGACGUGAAGACGCCACAGAGAGAUCACAACAGCAAAGACAAGGAGCGGGACAGCAAGAAGGAAAGAAGCAGCAAAGAGUGGAAAAACCACAACCUGCCGCCAGAACGUGACAUCUCAAAGGAAAAUGGGGAACUGGUGUUCCCUCUUCAGAGAGAGCCCAAAGAGAAGCAGCCCAAAGCCAGCUCCCAAGAAGACCUCUUGCUCAAGAAGCUGAAGAAGAAGAAGAAAAAGAAGCACAAAGAUGGUGAGCGAGCCAAAGAGAGGCACGGACGCCCCAAAAUGUACCACCGCUCGUGCCAGACUGUUUAUUCUGGAGUGUCUCUUGGAUUGGCCGAGUUUCUCAGCCGAAUUAAUGGCAACAGCGGCGGUGGAGGCGGACUGCUUCACAGCACACAGCACCAGGACCCCGCAUCUAUACCUGCCGCCGUCAGAGAGAGACUGGGUUACAUCUCACCGCUCCACUGCACGCCCACGCCAAGUCUGCCCGGGCUGGAGUUUGGCCACCUGAUUCACGUGGAGAUGCAGGCCAACGGGGGCGCGUCGGUGGUGCGCGCCUAUGGCGAGCAGCUCUCAGCCCUGUCGCCGGCCGAGAUGCAACGCUUCGCCCAGGAGUUUGUCACCUUGUCGUUCAGCGAGGACUGCGCACAGGCGGCGUGUUUCGUCAUGGGCAUCAUUCACGGAGCGGCAUCCUACCUCCCGGACUUUCUGGAUUACUUCUCCUACAAGUUCCCCAACGCCCCGGUAAAGAUGGAGGUGCUCGGGAAGAAGGACAUCGAGACCACCACCAUGGCCAACUUCCACACUCAGGUGAAGCGGACAUACUCCCAGGGAACAUACCGGGCUGGGGCUAUGCGGCAGGUCAGUCUGGUGGGUGCCGUUGAUGAGGAGGUCGGGGAUUACUUCCCCGAGUUCAUCCGCAUGUUGGAGGACUCUCCCUUUCUGGAGCGGACUCUGCCUUGGGGAACCUUCUCCAGUCUGCGGCUGCAGAGCCCCACGGAGAGCGACGACGGCCCCAUCAUGUGGGUCCGACCAGGAGAGCAGAUGAUCCCCAUGGCCGACAUACCCAAGUCUCCCUUCAAAAGGAAAAGGUCCACCAACGAGAUCAAGAACCUACAGUAUCUGCCCAGAGCCAGCGAGCCCCGCGAGAUGCUUUUCGAGGACCGGACACGAGCCCACGCCGAUCACAUCGGGCAGGGCUUUGAGAGACAGACGACCGCCGCCGUGGGCGUGCUGAAGGCCGUACGCUGCGGAGAAGACAGCGACACACCUGCGCGCAUCACCAAAGACGUGGUGUGCUUUCACGCCGCAGACUUUCCAGACGUGGUCAUGAGGCUGCAGCUGGACCUCCACGAGCCGCCGCUGUCUCAGUGCGUCCAGUGGAUCGACGACGCCAAGCUGAACCAGCUGCGCCGAGAGGGCAUCCGCUAUGCCCGCAUCCAGCUCUACCACGACGACAUCUACUUCAUCCCCAGGGGAGUCAUCCACCAGUUCAAAACGGUGUCGGCUGUUUGCAGCUUGGCCUGGCACAUCCGACUCAAGCAGUACCACCAACACGAAGUUGUGGGGGAGGAAUUGGAGAAGUGUUCUCCUCGUGACGUCACGCUGCAUAUCAAGAAGGAGGAGCUAGAGGAGAAGGUGAUGAAACUGGAGGAGGAGCUACAUUUACCACUGCCCUGUAAGGAGGAAGAGGAGUCACGUGCACUAAUGGAGGAGGAGGUGCAAGAGGUGAGAAAGGAGGUGGCGGAACAAUGUCCAGGUGAAGUUCAGCAAGAAGUGGGUGCUUCCUUGAAGCCACCGCCAAUCAGGAAGGAGAACUACAGCGAGGAGGAGAGGCUCCACAAGUCCGCCAAGAAGGAGAGGGCACGAUGGGAGAAGGAGGACAGGAGUAAAGAGGAGAAGGAGAGGAGUAGGGAGGAGGAGAAGGAAAGGGGUAAAGAGAAAGAGAAGACUAAAGAUGAGAGGGAAAGGACGAAAGAUGAGAAGGAAAGGAGUAAAGAUGAAAAGGAUAGGAGCAAAGAGGAGAGAAAGGACAAGAGUAAAGAUCGGGACAGGAAGCAUAAAGUCAAGGAGAGGGAGAAGGUCAAGACGGAUAUAAUGCCGAUGGCGAGGAAGAAGGACAAGGAGCCUGGAGGAGGAGGUGGCGCUGUCUCAGUUUUGUCUCUCAACUCGCGAGCUGAGGAGGCACGGGAUGGCUGCAAACUUAAGUCAUCGCAAGGUAAGAAGGAGAAGAGCGGUCACCGGUCAGACGCUCUCACACCCAAAUCCGACGCAUCGACACCCAAGUCGGAGCCCAAAGUCUCGCCCAUCAAGCCGGCUGCACUCAGGCGAGACGGCAAGAAAGAGGAGCCCAAGAAGCUCCCCAGGACGCUCAUCACGUUUGACCUCUUUAAGCCCAUGGAGGCCCACCAGACGGUGGCGCUUUCUUUUAAAACUCACCAUCACCAACACGGCAGCGCCAAGCCCACAGACAACCGGACGCUGGUUCCUUUCAAAGGCACCAAAGUGAAAAGUGGGCCGCCGCUUGCAGACCCCCAAACGCAGCAGCAGCACUCGGCGCUUAAGCAAACACUCAAAACUCACAAAGAUUUCCUCAUUUGAAUGUCACCCCUUUUUUUAGGUGAGCAUCACGCACGCACAUACAUACACACACACGCACACACUUCUAUACUACCCAGAAAAGGUUUGUUUUGCUUUUGGGGUGAACCUAAAAUGCACUAGCACCUUAGAACCAGGUGAACUUGGUUUGACCUUCAAGCUGAAUGGGUAUUACACUCGUGACCAUCUAAGAUCUUCCACUGCAAUUCUUUUCCGUGACUCCUCCAGUCUCUCUGUUGCAACCUGCUGAUGCCACUUUAAGGUCAGUAGCCUCUUCAUCACCUCAUCCUGAGACUGGCAGAGUCACCAAAAGGCACAAAAGUGGACAUCCUCGAAAACCGUUCUGAACGUUGCCAUUGAGCUCUUUGUUCCAGAGCAGCAAGUUGUGCAAAAAGUAGCAAAACUUUGAACAGGUUUCAAAUGAAGUUCUCCUGUAAAGUUAGUGCAUUUUGUCCUCAACAUUUCCCCCCCAAAACUCAAUAUGCCACAAACCUUUUGUGGCUAGUGUACGAGCAGGAUGCACUCCCACAUAUUCAAACGGAGGAAGACGAAUGUGAGCCAAGUAGCUCGCUUCAAAUUUUAUUUGUUCCGCGAAUGUACGCCGGUAUCUGUCAGUGCCUACUCACUACUUGGCAUUUUUUUUAAAUAGCAGCCUCUGAUGGUGCAAGACUCUCUCAAUUUCAAAGGAACCACACGCAAAUUGCUCCACAAUAAUGAGCAUCUACUGAAUCAUGUUUGCCGUUUUUAAAGAGUUUUGGUUUCAAGCACUCCGCAAAUGUUGAUGCAUUGGGUUUUUUUCAGAUGGGACUUCCAAGCCAACACUGGGCUGUAAAUUAUUCUAUAUGUACCAAAAACUGUACAGCAUAAAUCGAUGUUAUUAGCACCACAUGAGGAAAUGUAUACAGAAAUUGCAUAUAUUUUUUUGUAAGACGAGUUUUAUUUUCCAUAGAACUUAUUUAUAUCAUUUAACUCUCUUGUUUUUAUUUGAGGCCAACGUACAUGGACAAGGUUGUUUAUUUGUUUUGUUUAUGUUUUAAAGUGUAAAUACAUUUUAUUUCCUAAGAUAAAAAACUUGGUAGUGUGAUUUAUACUCUGAUCAGAACCUCAAUAAAUGGUUCAAAAAUAA